GUGAACAACUGGUGUCUGCCCUGGGCCAGUUCAACUGUGCCCGGGGCUCGAGUUCACGAGUAACCGAGUUUUCGUGUAGGGUUUGGUGCUCCAGUCUGCUCUCGGGGAACGCAUUUCCACGUCGCCAGAACGCGUGAUGGAGCCCCAAUGGCGCAAUUCUCUUUUCUGUUGUUUCAUGUGUGCAUUUUCUGGGAACGGCGGCUCUCCUCCUCCUCGCCUUUCGCUCUCUCUCGCCCCUCGAGUUCCACCACUGGAUCGUGUCUUGACGGAGGUCGCAUCCGGUGAACUGCGCUGAUCCCCGCGAUCUCGGCCGACCUCCCCUGAUGGUAGCUGACGAUUGACUCCAUCGUACAGGAUAGGAGACGCGUUUAUAGAAACACUCUUCCUCGUGUGGGAUUGGAUUUAAGUGCGAGUGUCAUGACGUUCGACGGAGAGUGUUCGGAAUAUUUGUCGAGAAGUUGAGCGCUUCUGGGAAUGUGAGCACAUUUUUGAUGGGCGGGGACGUGUGGGAAAUAUCUCUUGGAUUGUUGAACUGUUGCAGUAAUGUGAACUUGGGUGCCUAGCAGCUGCGUCAAGUACGCUGUGAACCUUGUAGAAUUCAAUUUCGUAGCGACGAAGAUGUAACGAAUCCCAUGAAGUGCAAGAACCCAGCUGCUCAUCACUAGUAAGCGUCUCUCGCAGUUGGGGCGUUGCAGGAAUCUUGUGUAACGGGCGAUGUAGCAGUAGCACUCAGAUUUCGCUGAGGGCUUUCUUCAGCUGAAACGCUGUGAAUGGGAGUUAGAAAGAACAGCGAACAAACAGUGCUUCACCUUCCUUGUAAAAUCGUGAUUCAGCACUAUAGUUACUAAUCAUUCGGCAGCUUGGGAUAUUCCCGUCUUGAAUAAUAUUGAUGGCAGUGUAGUAAGUUUGGCUGUUCGAAACACAGAGAGUGAUUUCUAUCCUGAGGUGCACUUACCCUUCUCUCUGAAUUGGUUGUAAAAUUAGUUGCUGAGUUGAGAUACUUCAAAGAUGGAAAGAGAACACUCGGUCUUGAAGGUUGAGGCAGGACGGGAGAAAGCGUGUUCCAGGCCGCAGUUGGGAUGUAGCACACCUAUCAAAUUCUCUACUAUCCGAUUGAAUAUCAUCUAUCCUAUGGUGAUGGCAAUUGUGCUGUUUCUCGUCGUCACCCAGCUCUUGUCUCUCAGCGGCUUUGGCAUCAAGUUCUGGUGCACCGAGACGACAAAGGUUGUCGGGUUAGAAACGCAACUAUCACCUUCUCUCCCACAGGGUUCAUUUCUUGACGAAAACAUCGACACGUCUUCCAUAGAUUUACGUCACGGAGAUGUGCGAUUGUUUAAGCCGCACGGACUGGCAACAUACUUGUACAUUGACAUGAGUGCCUAUCGAGGAAGCCCGAGGCACUUCUCCAUUGUUGGAUUGACCGCUAAAUCCAUAGAAAAGCAUCACAAACCACCCUAUGCUUGCGAGUGGGUAUCAAGUUCCAACGACAAGGUAGUCAAGGGUCACGCAUACAAGAUUUUGCCUGAUUGGGACUACGGCAAGCUGUACACAGUUGUGGUGAUCACUUGCGUGUUUGCGGAGGAUGUCGGAACAGAUGGUGAGGGUGGCGAACUCGUUCUGUAUGCCAGCUAUGGUGACCGGUACAGGCAGCCGGAAAGAGUCGUGGUGCUUACAGAGGUGAAGGGGGAGUACAAUUCGAGCGUCUUCGAUACGAAAUCUUUCCCUUAUGACUAUGUUUACUGUGGUUCAUCGGUUUACGGCAACAUCAGCCCUCAAAGAAUGCGGGAAUGGAUGGCCUAUCAUGCGAAAUUCUUUGGUGAGAAGUCGCACUUCAUUCUUCAUGACGCCGGUGGCUUUCAUGAGGACGUGCGCAAGGUGCUUGAGCCUUGGAUUAGACAAGGAAGAGUUACCCUUCAGAACAUUAGGCAACAAGAGAUUUACGACGGGUACUACCAUAACCAAUUCAUGGUGGUAAAUGACUGCCUCUUUCGAUCUCGAUUCUUGGCGAACUGGACAUUCUUCUUCGACAUCGAUGAGUACAUGUAUGUAGAUCCCAGCACGACUUUGUCGGAUGUGCUCAACGAGAAACCCGAUGUCUCGCAGAUUGUCAUAAAACAGGUUCCGAUUGAGAGUGGCUUGUGUGUCGCUGACAACACUAGAGAUCAACACGAAAGAUGGUUAACUGAGAGACUCAUUUAUCGGAGGGUUUUGAAGCACGGAAUUCAUUAUGACCGCAAGUAUGCUGUGCAAGCUCGUCACGCCGAAGCAACUGGAAUUCACAUGUCAAUGAACUUGCGGAGAGGAAAAACUCGUGUCUUGCAGGAUGAACGACUUCGUUAUUACCAUUACCACGGCACCAUCACAAACAGAGGUAACCUCUGCAACAAAUUUGUUGACUCCAAAAACAAAACGGCUGUAAAGAGUGUCCAACUCAGGCUAGAUGAGACCAUGAUGAAAAUGGCGAAGGAUGUGAAGUCAUACGAGCUCAAAAUGAUCGGGAAGCAACCAUUCGUAUUGUAACUGGAGGAGAUCUGAUCAUUGUCACCGGAUCAUCUUCAAAAAGCUGUUGAUGAAUACCAAGCAUCCGUAUGACAUUUCCACUACUACGUGCAGGAAGGUGAACUUUAUUGCACACACAGGGCUCCUCCCCAGGAUGUGCAACAACGUGCACCAUUUACAACAAACAUCGAAGGCACGAAAUCGGCCAUUGUCAGCACGAAUGCUGUGCACCUUCGAGCACAGAAGCUUCAAAACGAGGUUGUCUUCACUUAUGAGGACGGAAGUCGUCAACUAACGAAGACCCACAUCCUCACAGGAAUGGAUCAGCACAGCGACAUAACGUGGAUUGACACUAUGUCUGCGUCGAAGACUGAAGCUUCGUAUUCAAACCCAGUUGUGAAGCAAGUAAGCUUUUAGGGAGGUUUCGGUUUCGGUAUUAUCAUGGUCGAUAGCCCACUACUUUCGAGGCCGGCUCCUCAUUGUACACAAUUCCAUAGAUCUAUCAAGAGGGACUGCAGGUUGUUGCAUCAUGUGCUGCCAGUUUUUUCUUUCUUUGAGUUCCUUCGCUAUCAGUCACCUCUUCGUGCGAUGUGUUGACACACAAUCAAAGCAAUAUCGUUGCAAACUAGUUUCAA